UGCGCAGUCGUCCAAAAUAAUAACCAAUCAGAAAUGGCCAGAAAUGUUAGAAUCCAAUAUGGCUGUUGACAGUAAUACGUCUUGUGUUAUAUAUUAUGAGAAGUUAAGAGGUUAUAUAAAAGUAAAAGAAUAUUAACAACAUAUUUAUAAUGCCAAGCUGUUAUAUUAAAAACUGCACAAAUCGUAUACGGACUAAAAGUAUCAAAUUUUUUCAAUUCCCAAAAGAACCUGCUGUUCUCCAGCAAUGGCUAAAGGCUUGUGGGAAAAAUGAAGAAGAAAUAAUAAGUAAUUCUGCAACUAUAUGUAGCCUUCAUUUUACUGAAGACUGUUUUCAAAUGGUUUGGACAAAGAUGCGACAAAAAAAUAUACCUGCUAAGCAGAUAUUACGAUUAAAGAAAAAUAGUAUUCCUACAAAAUUGUUGAAUAUGGAGAAAAAACGAAAAAGAUUAUGUAAAAAUGAUAAAGGAAUAAAAAUAGUACAUACAGGUAUACCAAGUUAUGGAGAACUUGUGCAAUAUGUGCGAGAGAAACAGUAUAUAGCAAACAGUCCAGAGCAAACAACUUAUGUAGAUACGAAUAUUCAUAAAGAUGAGCAUAUUUUGCUGUCGAAUAAUGCAGUUAAAGAAACCACACAUGAAGAUAUUGGUUGUGAGACAAAUGCUUCAGUACAAACGUUAUUGAAACUGCUGAGAAAAUCUGAAGAAAAAAAACAAUUAUUAAAAGAAAAAAACCAAUUAUUAAUAGAAAAAAACCAAUUAUUAAUAGAAAACAACCAAUUAUUAACAGAAAAAAACCAAUUAUUAAUAGAAAAAAACGAAUUAUUAACAGAAAAAACCAAGCUUAUAGAACAAAACAACAAACUCAUUGAUAAUACCGAAAAAUUAAAUUUACAGUUAGCAUUAUUGAAAAAGAAUAUGCAGCAAGAAUCUAAUAUUACACAAAUGGAAAUAGAUAAACUAAAAGAAACUGAGAUAAAAGCAGAUGUUUUACAUAAAUAUUUUACUCCCAGGCAAGUAAAAAUUUUAAUGUCAUCGAAUACUAAUACUCGAGUAAGAUGGUCAUCCCAAGAUAUUACUUCUGCAAUAGCAUUACGAUCACUAAACCCAAAAGCCUACCGAUUUUUAAGGAAUGUGAAGAAAAUGUCAUUACCAUCUAUAUCAACUGUACAGAAUUGAUACAUAAUAUUUAAUAAGCCUGGUAUUUUAAAAGAUGUCCUAAAAAUUAUGAAGAAUAAAGGAUAUAAUUUGUAUAUAGUAGACAAAUUAAUCAUUAUUAUCAUUUGAUGAAUUAUAUAUUUUUAAUAAAGUCGAUUUAGAAAAAGAAAAAAACAAAUGAUUUAUGGACCACAUAAAACAUGCCAAUUCAUUAUGGCUCCUGGUCUAUUUAAUAAGUGAAAACAAUCUAUUUAUUAUAACUUUGACUAAACAAUGUCUAUAGAAUAUUUUACUUACAGUGCUGCAGAUGUUGUAUGAAAUUGAUUAUAUUGUUGUAGCUGUCACAUGUAAUAUGGGUUCCACUAAUAUUAGAUUAUGGAAUGAAUUAAAUGUUGGAAUAAACAUUCCUAGUAAUUGUACGAAAAAAAAUCGGAAAUACCAAAAAGGAAUGUUUUAUUACUCAUCCUGCAGACAAUUCAUUGAAAGUUUUCUUUUUUGCGGAUAUGCCGCAUUUAUUAAAAUUAGCACGAAAUAAUUUCAUUGACUCUGGGUUUCGAAUAAAUGGACAUAUUUUCAAUAAAAAUUGUCUAGAAGAAUUACUAACACUCAACAAAGGAGAUUUGAAAAUAGUACAUAAAAUUAAUAGAGCGCAUCUCGAUGUUAAGGCAACAGCAAAACACAACAGCAAAACGUCAGAAUGGCGGCUCAAGUUUUCUCUAACAAGAACGCAAUGGCCAUACGGUGAUGUGGAGAAAACAAAUUAAUGUCCAAGCAAUGGAAAGAGACAGCUGACAUACUCAAAUUAUUUAACGAUUAGUUUGAUAUUUUCAACAGUAAAAAUAAAUAUGGACAACAUAACGGUUUAAAUGCGUACGGAAUAAAUUUAAAGGAACAAAAUGACAUGAUCAAUAAUAUGUGACAUAAUUUAUUAAAGAAAUACGAGUGGGACAAAGAUCUACAUUAUUACAAUUCCAAAAAAGCAUUUUAUUAUCCAACAAUUCCUUAAUAAAGAUGUUCUCAUAUCUUCAAAAGCAAUAUUCAUACGAAACGUUUCAAAUGGAAUGUAUAAUCAUAAGCAGGUUGAAUUAAGACAUAUUAGAAAAUUUAUUUUCGUACUUAAGGAUGAUGGGCGGAGGAUAUGACCAAUCACCUUUACGAAAAAAACCCUCAAUUUUGGAUGUAAACACUCGAAAACUGGGGAUAAAUACUUAAAUUUGAGUGUUAACACCCAAAAUUGAGGGUUUUCUCGUAUCUUUUUCGUAAGGGCAACGCCAGUGGAAUUACAAAACCGUCUUAAAUGGUACAUCCUAGGAAAACAUGCUGUAUCUGCAAUUUCCCGAAAAGAAAAUACUGAAGGAGAUAGGAGUUGUACAAGUUUAAUAGAUGUUGAAGAUAUACAUUGUAAUAAUGCAAACAAUGCAUCAUGUUCACAGUAUUUAAGAGAUGAUAAUAAAGUCACGAUUGAAAAAGAAGAAGAAGAAAUACUUAUGAAUACUUCAGAAGGAGAUAAUAUUUUCAAAUAUGAAGUAGAAGAAACAAUUAAUAAUACUAAAAAAGUAUUUGAUAGUGAAGGUAUAAGCUUUUUAUAUCCUUUGAGCUGUACCCACACAUAGUAAGCAAUCUGCACAGACUGACGUCAGAUUGGCAAUAGAUUCGAACAGGAUCUAUCGACAGAUUAAUAGACAUCUGCAUUCCCAAUCUGCUGUUAGACUGUCAACAUUUAAAUACACUGCAACGAAUCAUUGCCUUUUUAUUAACAGACACUGCUAACAGACUGUGCGCAAAAUCUUUUUGCUUAGAUUUGGCUAUCUAAUGUCACAAAAUUUGCAGCUUAUUUUGUCCGAAAGGAUAAUAUUUGACAAAUUAACAGAUAUUAUUUGUAAAAAAAUUGAUUAUAAAUAAAAAAAAAAAGUUAUUGCCUGCUUCGUUCGAACUAGGACAUAUAUAAGAUUGAGAAAAGUAAAUAAAGAUAUUACAACAAA